UCCAGGCCAGAACCGUUUCGAAAUGGCCCCCAAAGCUGCUUCCAAGACCCCAGCCGGCGCAGGCAAGGCGCCCGCGACAACUGCCGGCAAGGCACCAGCGACCAAGGAAGCUGGCAAGAAGACCGCGCCCGCUUCAGGCGACAAGAAGAAGAGGACAAAGACCCGCAAGGAGACCUACAGCUCGUAUAUCUACAAGGUCCUGAAGCAGGUGCACCCAGACACCGGUAUCUCGAACCGCGCAAUGUCCAUCCUCAACUCCUUCGUCAACGACAUCUUCGAGCGCGUCGCCACCGAGGCCAGCAAGCUCGCCGCAUACAACAAGAAGUCCACCAUCUCAUCACGCGAAAUCCAGACCUCCGUGCGACUCAUCCUACCUGGUGAGCUUGCGAAGCACGCCGUCUCCGAAGGCACCAAGGCCGUCACCAAGUACUCUUCCUCCACGAAGUAAGCGCUUGGUCACGAGUUGCUUGCGUGUUCUUUCAACAUGGUCAUGAUGGUGGGCGUUAACUGAGUGCGCGAUAAUGCGAUCACGGGCUGGGGUGUUUUCCAUGAUGCUGCUAUUUCUCUACAUUGCUGAUACCAUGGGGUCUCCGAAGAGGAAGCUGCUGCAGCAGGCGGCAAAGGAUAGGCCUGCAUUUGCCAUGAUGGGUCUGUACAGUAGCAGCAGACAGCAGCGAUGAGUCUUCGAGAAGAAGGCGCGAAUGCAUGACUUGAUACAUCACUUCGUCUUCCUUCCUCAACGUCACCUGGAAUUUAUCCUCUUGCUUCGUCUCUGUAACUUGCACAGGGUGAGAGCCGCUGUUUCCAGUUUUCGCGAUGCAC